UGUGGAAAAAUUGUUAGUAUUCAUCUAAUUGAAAAUACGGAAAAAACACAGAAGUCUGCGCACAUAGAAUUCGCAAAAAGGGAAGAUGUUCUCGCCGCGUUAACAAAAGACAAGAAGAGGAUCGGAGAUAAUGAAAUUAGCGUGUAUAAAAUUACAGAACAUACACUUUUCAUCACCAAUUUCCCAGAGACUGCUAAUCUUAAAGAAAUCUUUGAUAAAUACGGAAAAAUAAUCGGCAUUCGUUACCCAAGCAAAACCAAAAGAGUAGGAAGAUUUUGUUAUAUAGAAUAUGAAAAUCGGGAAUCUGCUUUAUCUGCUCUGGAAAUGAAUGGCUACGAGAUCGAACCAGGAAAGAAGUUGAAUGUGGUGAUUUCUAAUCCUUCAUUAAGGAAAACACGUUCUCCACCAAAACAAAAUGAAAUCUAUAUCAGAAAUCUUCCUAGUCAUGUUGAAAGUAGUGAAUUGGAAACACUUUGCAAAACUUAUGGACCCAUAAUUGGAGUUAGAAUUCCUACGACUAAGGAUAAGAAAUGUAAAGGACUAGCAUUUGUUGAAUUUGAAAGCGAGGAGCAUGCAAAAGCUGCCCUUUCUCUACAUAACACGGAAUUUAAAGCGUGUAUAUUGAACGUGACACUUAGCAAUAUUGAACGGGACCAUGGGCAAAAGUCCACAUUCGGUGAGCCUAACAACAAAGAAACAAAGAAUAAGUAUAUGGGUAGCAAACCAGUUAGUACGCCAAUGAUGCCGAGAAAACUGCAAAAACCAUUAACAAG